AUGAGUUCAACAAAACAACUUCCAAACAUUGUCGUCUGUGGUACACCAGGUGUUGGUAAAUCUCGUCUUUGCGAAGCACUUUGCUCAAAAAAUAAAUCAUUGACAUAUAUCAACAUUAAUGCAUUAGCCAAACAGGAAAAAUUUCUUCUUGAAUAUGACGAUGAAAAUGAAUGCCGAAUUUUAGAUGAUGAAGCUGUACAUGAUUAUCUAAACGAGGAAUAUUUUGAAAAAUCAACUCCACCAUCCGGUUUAGUUCUUGAUUAUCAUAGCGCCGGAAUUAUUCCUGAGAGUGAUCAUAUCCAUGGUGUAUUUGUUGUUCGUUGUAGUAAUGAUAAAUUAUAUGAUCGAUUGAAACAACGAAAUUAUUCGGCGAAAAAAAUUGAACAAAAUAUUCAGUCGGAAAUUUUUCAAGUCUGUCUCGAUGAAGCAGAAGAAUCAUUCGAUGAAGAUAUUGUUCACAAAAUUACAAAUGAAACCGAAGAUGAUUUCGAGAAAAAUGUUGAAAAUCUGUCAAAUUGGAUUGCGCAAUGGUCAUCAGAUAAUGAUACACAGAAGAAAAAUUGA